UCAGUACAGCCAUGAUGAAGAAACUCCCUCUGCUCUCUGCAGCCUUCAUGCUGCUGCUGCUCCCAGAGACUCUGACUCAAGGUAAGCUGCAGAGUACUUCAGAAAUCUGUUUUAAAUACUUUUUUUUCUCGAAUUGAAAUUUUCUCCCUCCUCUUUUUUAAUCAUGUCAUUUUUGUGUCAGAGAGUGAGGUAACUCCCAUCGAUGUGGUGGUGGAGAACAGCAUACAUAAUUUGGCUCCUGUUACCUUCAGCACUCAUGUAGUUUACAGAGGAAUCCUGCUGGGAGCUCUGAGGAGACUCAUGGCCUCUAAUAGCGACUUCAAGUAAGAUCACACCAUCAAGUAUGUUUGCAUUAGUUAAAGCUGCUACGAGGAACUUUUGGUUUGUGAUAUUUUAUUGUUGGCUAGCUAAAACAGAGUGAAAACAUGCCACAAGUGACUGGAUGCUGGUUUUAGCUGUGUUCUGGUGAUAGCUAAUGGGCUGGCAAAUGUUUUUUAACUUGAAAUAUAACUGGAUGUCACUCCUGAUGUUCACUGUCUACUGUCUGUGUUGGUGCCUGUUGAUAAAAAAAUUGCAGAAUCACCAAAAUUUGUCAGGUUCGGACAAAACACUCGAAUAAUAAAUGAUGAUUUAUUUUAUUUCAGAAUCAAACCCCUUAUAUAUUUCCAUUUCCACACACUGUAUUGUAGCUGUGUCUGAUCCCUCUGAAGGAGCUCUAUGGCGUUAAACCUAAUUCACUCCAAAGCAGAGUGAAAGCGGGAAGGGACCAGGUCUGUAGACUCCCCGUUGGGGGGAGCCAGAGAGUCAUGUGAAGGCAGUGUGCACCAUAUCAGGGUGCGGCCUAUCCAGAUGACCUUUCAACUCUGCUUGCAAAUGCAUGCACCCGAGCAAAGCACAGAUGCAGGCAGGGAUGACUGAAAGCCAGGCUAUGAAAAACAAUGAUAGUAGCUGUAUCCUGUGGUAAAACUAACUUACUUUUCUCAUUUUUGUACCCACUGGAAAAACAGAUGUUCAUAGAGUUCAGUCAUUGCUCUGAAUCUUCCUUAUGUACACUUUAACAAAGUCAUCACUGUCUUCUCUGUUUGGUUAGGUUCACAUAUACAGAGGAUCCAAACUACGGCCCGUCUUUAGAGAGUGUGAACGGCGUGGCAGGAAAUGACAAAGACCAAACAUACUGGCAGCUGCUGGUUAUGAGACCAGAUGGCGAGUUCAGACCUGAUGUUGGUGAGUCCACAGAAAAAAUUCAACCAGCCAUCUUUGAGUGAAAAGAAUGAGACACAAUUUUGACUCUAUUUCUUUUGCAGGGAUUGGAUGUUACAUACCCAGCGCCAAUGAGAAAAUCAUCCUGAGAUUUUCAAAGUGGUGAAGGUUCAUUGGUAUUCAGCCAUACCAACAAGACACAAGUGUAUAAGGGGAAAUAAUGAAGCAACAUGCAUCUGUGUUUAAUGUUGAGUCAAUAAAAAACUUCUCCAUGUGUUGCUUUGGUUGAUUUACAGAGAGAAAGAGCAGCUGUGAACAUUUCUGACAAGGAGAAGGGUAAAGUGUAAGAUAUCAGACAGGAGGCAAUUUAAAUAUGGAGAGUCACCUUUUAAUAGCUAAAAUUUUAGAUUUGAUAACAGUUAACUUGUUCAUCCAGAUAGCAGCAGAAAUCUAACCAAAAUAUGAUAAAACUUGAGGAAAUUAUUCAUCUUUAUUUGGAGAUGGCAGUUUCAAAAAGACAAUACUUGGUUUUCUUUUUCUCAAACAGCUGAUGGAAAACACUGACAUUUUAUCACAACACUUUCUUUUUUGAGAUGCACUGUUUAUAUAAAGUGUAAUUCAGAAGUACUGCUAUUCUUUGAAUAUUUGUAUCUGUGAAGGCUUCAUCAAAUCCUUCAUUUCUUAGAUAAACUGGGAUAAAAGAGGCUGAAUCACCUGAUCAGGAGGAUAAAACAGCACAGAUGUAUUAUGAAACAAAACAUGUUCAUUUAGGAAGGACUUCAAGUGAAUCAUCAAAAAGCUCAUAACUGUCAAAGUGACAAGGAAUCCUACUGAGGAAGUAAAAGUCCAAAAAUUCAGAUCAACGUUGUUCCCUAAGAUUUACUAUCUAAUCAUCAACAUACCACAAACACAGCAACUCCAAAAACAA